AUGUCGGCGGGCGGACCGUGCCCGGCGGGAGCCGGCGGGGGGCCCGGGGGCGCCUCCCCCGGCGGGGUGUCCAUGUUCCGGUGGUUGGAGGUGCUGGAGAAGGAGUUCGACAAGGCGUUCGUGGACGUGGACCUGCUCCUGGGCGAGAUCGACCCGGACCAGGCGGACAUCACGUACGAGGGGCGGCAGAAGAUGACCAGCCUGAGCUCCUGCUUCGCGCAGCUCUGCCACAAAGUGCAGACCGUGUCCCAGAUCAACCACAAGCUGGAGGCACAGUUGGUGGAUCUGAAAUCUGAACUGACAGAGACACAAGCGGAGAAAGUCGUACUGGAGAAAGAAGUACAUGAUCAGCUUUUACAAUUGCACUCUGUUCAGCUCCAGCUUCAUGCUAAAACUGGUCAAAGUGUGGACUCUGGUACCAUUAAAGCAAAACUGUCUGUCCCCUCUGUGGAGGAGCUGGAGAGAGAGCUUGAAGCAAACAAAAAAGAAAAAAUGAAAGAAGCUCAACUUGAAGCUGAAGUAAAGCUGCUGAGAAAAGAGAAUGAAGCCCUUCGCAGACAUAUAGCUGUUCUCCAGGCGGAAGUUUACGGCGCCAGACUGGCUGCCAAGUACUUGGACAAGGAACUGGCAGGAAGGGUCCAACAAAUACAGUUAUUAGGGCGGGAUAUGAAGGGACCUGCUCAUGAUAAGCUUUGGAACCAACUGGAAGCUGAAAUACAUUUGCAUCGUCACAAAACUGUCAUCAGAGCCUGUAGAGGACGCAAUGAUCUAAAACGACCAAUGCAGGCACCACCGGGCCACGAUCAAGACUCUUUAAAGAAGAGCCAAGGUGUUGGUCCAAUUAGAAAAGUUCUCCUCCUCAAGGAAGAUUAUGAAGGCCUUGGCAUUUCAAUUACAGGUGGGAAAGAACAUGGUGUUCCAAUUCUCAUUUCUGAGAUUCAGCCAGGGCAACCUGCUGAUAGAUGUGGAGGACUACACGUUGGAGAUGCUAUUUUGGCUGUUAAUGGAGUUAACUUAAGGGAUACAAAGCAUAAAGAAGCUGUAACUAUUCUUUCCCAGCAAAGAGGAGAGAUUGAAUUUGAAGUAGUUUAUGUAGCUCCUGAAGUGGAUUCUGAUGAUGAAAACGUAGAGUAUGAAGAUGAGAGUGGACAUCGUUACCGUUUAUACUUAGAUGAGUUAGAAGGAGGUAGUAAUCCUGGUGCCACUUGCAAAGACACAGGCGGGGAAGUCAAAGUGUUACAAGGAUUUAAUAAGAAGGCAGUAACUGAUGGGCAUGAAAAUGGAGACCUGGGACCUUCGAGGGAAACUCCGAUAGAAGACAGUGCUUCUAAGUUAGAUGACCUGCACAGUCUGUAUCAGAGAAAGUCUUGUUAA